AUGGCCCGAUCAGUGACAGAGCUUUAUGGAAGCCCUCCGCCUGGUAUAGAUCUUCAGGCCAAUCAGGAGGUCCUGGAUGACUCGGUUGUAGCAGUGCUCGCUACCAUCGCGACAUUAGCUGUCGCUUUCCGUAUCAUUGUCAAGAAGAGAAAGCGUGUUGGGCUGGACGGCGACGAUUGGUUCAUUCUUAUGGCUCUGGCAUUGUUUAUUUAUCCAUGGAUCUACGUUGUCGCAACAGUCGGCCUCAAGCUAUCAUUCUGUUGGACUUACAUGCGCAUAUUCUCGUUGAGCUCAGUACGCGGCACAACAAGGUGCCGCACGUGGAUCGACCGGAGCCUGGUUGCCUGCGCACUUGCCUCUUGCAUCUAUGCCCUAUCUGUGUGGUUGCCAAUGACGGUGGCCUGUCGACCGUUGCGCCACUUCUGGGAUCAAUAUACUGGUGCGAGCAAUGGUAGAUGCAUGGAUUACCUGUCAAUGUGGAUCUUCACGGGUAUCUGUCGCGCAGCCCUUGAUCUGAUCAUCCUGCUUCUACCAAUCCCACGGAUUUGGUCCCUACAGAUGUCUUGGACGAAGAAGCUCAGCGUCAUGGGUAUCUUAGCCUUGGGUACACUGAUAGCGGUAAAGCAAACAAGCUGCCCAGUCACACUGAACAAGGGUAUGGCAGAGGAGCUUCCCACAAGGUUCCACGUUUCAGAGGAUCGCACGAAGAAGGGUAUGAUGAAGAAGAACUGGAGGAACUGGGGCUUUGUGACGUUGGGGGGGGGACACGCAGCGUCAGUCACAACAGAGGCGCCACAGCAGGGUGGCCAGAAAGUCUCGCCGCAAGGACGGCGAAACUUCUCGCGAAAGGGUCCACUGGAUUGUAGGAUUCGAGUUGAGACAAGCGUUAUUGUUGAACAGGCACCUGGUGACGAGAUUUCCGUGGCGCACUCACGACCGACAAACUACACUACUCGAUGGACGAGGUACAUAGUGGAUCCGGCUUUUGGUGGUGUAACAGAGCCGCAGCAAGAACCUCAGCACCAUAUGAGAUGA